CACCCCUUAUGUUAGAUAGAUAUUAAAAAAUGUUCAGAAAAAGAGCAUGCAGGUUUCUGAUGCAAACACAUUUAUAUCCAAACCUCAGAUUUCAUGUACUUUGAGAAUGCAUCUGAUGAAUUUAGAGGAGAGAAAGGCACACUUCUCACACUGUGGACGUUCCCGUAUGAAAAAGCCCAAAAGUCUGUCUGUGACUGCCCUCUGCUGGAAUCACAAACACAAUGAUUUGUUCACUGUUGGUCUUGGUUCAUGGCUCCAAAUACUAUUCUAGCAAGUUCCUGGAAACAUAUGAUGCCCACUUCAUGACUGUCACUCGUGUGAGGUGGAAUCCUUUCCAGCCCGAUGUCUUCAUAUCCUGCAGCUGGGACUGGAUGAUCAAAAUUUGGGAUCAAACUUUGAAGAUCAUGUGUUCGACCUCAGCAUUAACAAAUAUAAAGCUCUUUGCCAGCAAAAAGUGGUAUCCAAGAAGACCAGGCUCUUACACAUUGAAUUCAACCCUGUCCAUCUCAUCAUCAUCGUGGGCGAUGACCGCGGCCAUGUCACCAGCCUCAAGCUCUCUCCCAACCUCCACAAGAAACCAAAGGAGAUGAAGGGUCAGGAGUUGCCGAAGAGGCUGGAAGUGGAAAUAGCAAAGAUGGAGCAACUGUUGAGCUCACUGAGAUAGCCUGGAAACAACCCACAGAAACUGAGUAAGACCAGAACAACAAAUUCUACAAAUUCACUACAGACAUUAAAAUAUACAGUGGGUAUAAAAAGUCAACACACCCCUGUUAAAACUGUGAUAUGUUUGAGAUAAAAAAUGAAUCCAGGUUAAUUCAUGUCAGAUCUUUUUUCACCUUUAAUGUAAUAUUGAAACCAACGAAAUUCAUGUAACAGACAAACAGAAACUUUAAAGGAAAGAAGAAUGAAAAAUAAGACUUGAAAUAUCCUGGAUGCACAAGUGUGCACACCCCUUUUUGCCCCAAUGGGGACUUGAACCCUUGAACUAAUAUUUGGUUGAAAUGGCUUUCUCCUUUCUCCUUUUAAUACAGCAGCCAGUGUCAGAGUCUAUCACCUUAGCACAUCGUGAUUUGUCCAUUUUUUUUUCACUCUUUCUUGCAAAAAGAGAAAAGAAAAAUAAUUGUAUUUUUAUUUUUUUGGUUUGUUUUUUUAUAGAUUAGAUUCAGGUAUGGGCUCUGACUGGGCCUUUGCCAAAUGUGGUUCUUCUUCUGAAGCCAUAUGUUUGUUGAGUUAAAUUUGUUUUACUUUUGUACCCUUCUCUUGUUUGGUACCUCUUCACAGUAAGAUUUCAAAGUUAAGGAUUCAUUAGUUUGAAUAUACAUUGAACCAAAAACUAUCAUAACAUCUUAGCUGAUAAUUCAGUAUACUUUAUUUUUGACAAAACAUUUCAUGUGACUUCACAGUGAUUCAUUCACAGUUCAACAGUCAUUCACAGUGACUGUUUCAGUAGUGACCAUUUUAGAUACUUCUGAA